AUGGAAAAGUACAGCCAGUUCCGUGAUCGAGCUACUGGCAUCUCGCCUUUCCUGCCCGUCUGCACGCCGCUCUCCGCCGUCUCGACGGUGACGCACGGCCUACUCUUCCUCUUCCGCCUGCCCUUCUUCCUCACCUAUGCUGCCAGCUACUUUGUCCUCUUCCACUACCUCCCGCUGCCUGUCGUCGCCCGAAAGAUUGCGCUAUGGGGUCUUAUGGCGAUUCCCGGCAUCUGGUGGGUUGACCUCCAGCUGGACGGCGUCAAGCGCGGGACACUGUCCGAGCAGCCGCGCGAGCGCGUCCCCCACCCGGGCUCCGUCAUUGCCGCCAACUUUACGAGCCCCAUCGAUGCGAUCUACCUUGCGGCCAUAUUCGACACCGUGUUCACAGUGUCGUAUCCCGGCACGCGAAAAUUGCAGCGUGUAGGAUUGUUCGGCGCGGUGGCCAUGGCCCUCGGGCCGGUGCGAAUUGCGCCUCCAACCAACGCGAACCUUGUCGACAUCAAGGACCUCCUCCGCGAGUUCCCCGACCGGGUCAUUGCAGUGUUCCCCGAAUGCGGCACCACCAACGGCAAAGCGAUACUGCCCCUCGGUCCGGCCAUCGUCGAAUGCCCACCCCAAGUCCACAUCUUCCCCGUCAGCAUCCGCUACACGCCGUCUGACGUCACGACGCCGGUGCCCGGCCAGUGGUUCAAGUUUGUCUGGAACCUCCUCUCGAGACCAACAACUUGCAUCCGAGUCCGCAUAGCCGAGGGACAGAUGAACACGGCCGCGGCGACAACGAACGGUGGCAGCGCGACUGGGGCUAGCGUCAGCGACUUGAAGCAGCGGAGGGGAGCUGAUACGGAUGUAUCAAGCCAAGAACAACGGGUUUUGGAUCGCAUCGCCGAGGCGCUUGCGCGGUUGAGCAGGGUCAAAAGAGUCGGCCUGACGAUGCAGGACAAGGCAGCCUUUAUCGCUGCCCUGAAUGGGAAGAAGUAA